AUGAAAAGCAUUUUGGGAGAAUUUCCCGGUUGCUCUAGUUCAGUCGCGCCUGUUGCAGCAAACGUUCUUCGAAGUCGUCCUGGCCCUGAACUUAGAUGUAGAUCGGGGAGCUCCCAACCUGCUUUUGCAGGCAAGUACUCUUACAUCCCUGAACCUUCACCGCCUGAUGCCGUUCAAACUUCUAGAGCCCCGUUUGUGGAUUCCAACCUCGUUUGCGUUGACGAAGUGCUGAUAUAUUAUCAGAACGCCGGUGGGAUGAACUGUGAUGUCGAACAAUAUCUUCUUGCCACGUCCGAUGAUUGCUACGAUGUGAUUGUGUUGGCUGAAACCUGGCUCGACUCCCGUACCCUAUCUAGUCAGGUCUUUGGGCCUGAAUACGAAGUUUUUCGCUGCGACCGUGGUCCCAUGAACAGUCGCAAAUCAACUGGAGGAGGCGUCCUAAUCGCAGUGAUUAAAAAACGAAAAGCAAGAGUUAUUUACAACGACUUGUGGGGAUGUGUCGAGCAAGUAUGGGUGCGCCUCCAGCUUUCCCAUCGUUCGGUGUUCCUAUGCGCACUAUACAUACCUCCUGAUUGUGUUCGCGAUGAUUCACUGGUCGAAGCCCACACACAAUCAGUCUUGUCAGUGAUCGAAAUGACGAAUGCUUCGGACGAAAUCAUCAUUAUCGGCGAUUUCAAUUUGCCAGGAAUUUCGUGGAGUUCCUCCUGCAACGGGUUCCUUCACAUAGAUAUGGAACGAUCUUCAUUACACAGUCACGCCUCCAAACUCCUCGAUUACUACAGCACAGCCACGUUACGUCAAAUCAAUCACGUUACCAACGAAAAUAAUCGCAGCCUGGAUCUGUGUUUUGUUAGCGCUCAGGACGCUGCUCCGCUAAUUUUGCAUGAUCCAUCACCGUUAGUUAAAGUAGUUAACCAUCAUCCUUCGUUGAUACUGAACAACACGCGAGCCAAUGUUGUUGCAUCGAUCGAGCCCAUAAUCUACAAUUUCCAUAACGCCCAUAGCAUUGCUGAGUUCUUUGCUACAUUGGACUGGGUUGACAUUCUUGGCGGUUGUGAUGCAGAAAAUGCGGCAUUGACUUUUUCGCAUAUUAUUGGACACGUGAUUGAAAGACAUGUUCCUAAGAAAAUCGUCGCUCCUAAUAGUUGUCCUUGGCAGACCCGUCAGCUUCGUAGAAUGAAAACUGCUAAAAGAGCUGCUCUCAAGCGCUAUUCCAAACACGGUUCCUUAUCGUUGCGUGAGCACUACAAAAAAUUAAACUCUGCGUACAGGAUUCUAUUUGACGACAAGUUUGUGAGCACCUAUUGUAACGAAGUCAUCUCUGAUGUCACAAUCGCUGAGGCUGCUAACAACGUUCCUGCAGUCGGGAUCACUAGGGCCACGUUUUUCGUAGAUGCAGAAAUGAUCCGUAGAGCUAACUCGCAGUUAAAAUCAUCCAUGAGUCCAGGUCCGGAUGGCAUUUCGUCUGCGUUCUUGAAAAGGCACAUCGAACUUCUGCUCGCUCCCUUUCAACUGAUUUUCAACAAAUCGCUAUCCAGUGGACUUUUUCCAUUCGUGUGGAAAACCGCUAUAAUGUUUCCCGUGUACAAGAAGGGCGAUCGAAAAGAUGUCAACAAUUAUCGCGGCAUCUCAUCCUUGUGCGCUGCAUCCAAAUUAUUCGAGCUACACACUUAA